UAUAAGAGAAAGAGAGUGUAUAGUGUACUCGAUAGAAUAUCAUCAUGUCAAAAUAAAACAAGUGAUCGCUUUUUGAACAUGAAACGGAGUAUGGUUUCUAUUUAAAUUCAUGGCGAUUUUUUAAUUUUUUACUUUUUUCACUUUUUUUUCUUCAUCUCAUGACAUCUGUUAUUGAAGAAUACGACUUGAUUGUUGUUGGAGCAGGCAUUGUUGGUUGUGCUGCUGCUAAAGCAUUUGGUUCUGAUGGCAGACGAGUUUUGUUACUUGAACGUGAUCUCUCAGAACCAGAUCGUAUUGUAGGCGAACUACUUCAACCAGGUGGUGUCAAUGCCUUAAAAGCCUUGGACAUGCAAGACUGUAUUGAAGGCAUUGGUGGUGUUCCAUGCUUUGGUUAUGGUGUCUUUAGAGAGAACGAAUUUGUCCUUAUUCCUUAUCCUGUAGACAAAGUAACAGAGAAACAAGCAGCUGGCAAAUCAUUCCAUCACGGUCGAUUCAUUCAAAAGUUGAGAGAGGCUGCCACUCAUACCGAAAAUGUCACCGUUAAAGAAGUUACGGUAACUACCUUGUUGAAAGAAGAAGAUAGGGUAGUAGGUGUUGCUACUCAAUCCAAAUCAAACGAAGAAUUCAAAUUUUAUGCUCCCCUUACUAUUGUAUGCGAUGGUUUAUUCUCUAAGUUUCGUAAAGAAAUCACUGUAAAGACACCUGAUGUUCGAUCCAACUUUGUAGGAUUCAUUAUGAAGGAUGUCGUAUUGCCUGCACCAAACCAUGGCCAUGUUAUACUUGCUUCACCUGCUCCUGUCUUGAUGUACCAAAUUGAAGCUCAUGAUACUCGUGUCUUGGUUGAUAUACCUGGUAAAUUACCUUCUGCUUCAACAGGUGAACUCAAGGCUUAUUUAAAGGAUUCUGUUGCUCCACAAUUACCAGAGAAUAUUCGUACGAAAUUCUUGGAAGCUUUGGAGACUGAAAGAUUAAGAUCUAUGCCAAAUGGAUUUUUACCUCCUUCAAAGAACCAACAUGAAGGUAUGAUCUUGUUAGGCGAUGCUUUCAAUGUACGCCAUCCUUUGACUGGUGGCGGUAUGACAGUUGCAUUUAACGAUGUGGUCUUGUUAAGAGACUUCUUAUCCCCUGAUAAAGUACCUUCUUUCACAGAUACUGAAAAGAUCAAGCAGCAGUUGACAUCUUUUCAUUGGAAAAGAAAGAAUCAUUGUACAGCUGUGAAUGUGCUAGCCAUGGCUCUUUAUCGUCUGUUUGCUGCGAAUAAUGAUACCGAUCUUCAAGUGCUACAGCGAGGAUGUUUCUCUUAUUUCCAGAUGGGUGGGGAUUGCGUCAAUCAGCCUGUAGGUCUCUUAUCUGGCUUGAUUAAGAAACCUCUAGUGCUUGUGUACCAUUUCUUUGCCGUGGCAUUUCAUGCUAUCUAUAUUGAAGCCAAGGCAAAUGGAUGGGCUGGUGCUCAUAAAAGUUUUAUCAUGUUCUUUACUGUACUCUAUACUGCAUGUGUCUCUAUUUUACCUUAUAUUUGGAUGGAGACCAUUUAAUAUUUAUUCUAAUACAUACAUAUAUACUACUUUUUAAGAUCUUCACCUGCUUCAAAUAUGUUAAACUGCCUUUUUUUUUUUUUUUU